CAGAGCACAGCGGCGGCGGACCUAUCUCCACUUUUAGACCCAGUAAAAUGUUAAAAUGAUGAAUUUUCUCAGUGAGUGCACUCGGCUCUACCUCUCACGAUGGACGCCCGGUUGUUGUUGACGGGAUAACCGUUAGCCGUUAGCUCACUUUUUUUGUUUGCUGGCUCCUGCAUGUAAUUUCUUUCCGUCGCUAGCAGAAUGCUGAAGACACAAGGAAUGGCUCUGAUGAACGUCGGCUUCAAUAAAGGGACAAUUUUCACGUUAGGAAAAUAACUCCGAAGAGACAGUUUGUGAUUUUUUGAAAGAAGUUUCGUCUCGGCGGGGACCGGUGUUGGCAGCCGGUUUCGGCUCAUUUAAAACAGGCAGCCCGAGGAGACUGCUCGGCUGUCUGGCUCCAGUCGUGGCCUGGCUCCGGGCACUCCCAGCUCAUCCGCUAGCAUCGGACCACAGGCGACCAGAAUAAAGCAGGACAGCGGGGGGACUUCUUUUGUUUAUCUCCGUGGCGCUGGAUAUUUAUACAUUUUAUUUAGGAUAAGGAAUUCACUAUUAUCCAGACGGCGUCUUCCAAAACAAUGGCGUCUUAUGUGGAUAACAGCUUUCGGCAGGCUGUGAUGAUGAAUCCGGCUGAAAGGACGCAACAGGACCUGGAGAUUGUCUACUCGUAUCUCCACGGGAUGGAGGCCUUGUCGAACCUGCGAGAGCACCAGCUGAGGAUAAUGUGCGAGACGGUGCGCUAUGAGAGACACGAAGCCAAUGAAGUGCUAUACUAUCCUGACGAUAUCGGAAGCUGCUGGUACAUCCUGUUGUCCGGCUCCGUCUUCAUCAAGGAGUCCAUGUUCCUGCCCAGAAGCAGUUUUGGGAAGCGAUCGGCCGGCAGCCUGCGACGUGGAUGUGAGUGCAUCGUCCUGGAACCCUCAGAGAUGAUUGUGGUGGACUAUAUGGAUGAAAAUGAGGAGUACUUCCAACGACAAGCCUCGCACAGACAGUCCCGCCGGCGCUUUCGGAAGAUCAACCAGAAAGGGGAGAGGCAGACAAUCAUCGACACUGUGGAUCCGUACCCCACCGGAAAGCCGCCCAUAGCCCGGGGAUACCACACGGAAUGCAAUAAACCUCAGCUCCCCGCAGACUUCAGCAGACUUCACCUGGCCGACGGCUUGCACCCACAGGUGACCCACGUCUCCUCCAGCCACUCAGGAUGUAGUAUCACCAGCGACUCUGGAAGCAGCAGCCUGUCAGACAUUUAUCAGGCGACAGAAAACGAACCGGGCGACAUGGACCUGAGCGGCUUGCCAGAGACCGCCGUCGACUCCGAGGAGGACGAUGAUGAGGAGGACAUCGAGCGAGCGUCGGACCCCCUCAUGAGCCGGGACAUCGUGCGGGACUGCCUGGAGAAGGACCCCAUGGACAGAACUGACGAUGACAUCGAGCAAUUACUGGAGUUCAUGCAUCAACUGCCAGCGUUCGCCAACAUGACCAUGUCAGUGAGGAGGGAACUCUGCGCCGUCAUGGUUUUCGCCGUGGUCGAACGCGCCGGCACCAUCGUUCUCAAUGACGGAGAGGAGCUGGACUCGUGGUCGGUGAUCCUGAACGGUUCAGUUGAGGUGACGUACCCCGAGGGCCGGACAGAGAUCCUGUGUAUGGGGAACAGUUUUGGGGUGUCACCAACAAUGGAGAAGGAAUACAUGAAGGGCGUGAUGAAGACCAAGGUGGACGACUGCCAGUUUGUGUGUAUAGCGCAGCAGGACUACUGCUGCAUCCUCAACCAGGUGGAGAAGAACAUGCAGAAGGUGGAGGAGGAAGGAGAGAUCGUUAUGGUGAAGGAGCACCGCGAACUGGACCGCACCGGCACCAGGAAAGGACACAUCGUCAUCAAGGGCACAGCAGAGCGACUCACCAUGCACCUGGUGGAGGAGCACUCAGUGGUGGACCCCACCUACAUCGAGGACUUCCUGUUGACCUACAGGACCUUCCUCUCCAGCCCCAUGGUCGUGGGCAAGAAGCUCCUGGAGUGGUUCCACGACCCCAGUCUCAGGGACAAGGUUACACGGGUAGUCUUGCUGUGGGUAAACAAUCACUUCAAUGACUUUGAGGGCGACCCUGCCAUGACUCACUUUCUGGAGGAGUUUGAAAACAAUCUGGAGAAAGAAAAAAUGUGUGGGCACCUCAGACUGUUAAAUAUAGCGUGUGCUGCUAAAGCCAAGCCGCGGCUGGUGACGCUGACCAAGCCGUCCAGGGACUCUCCUCUGGCCUUCAGCCUUCUCGGAGGGCAGGAGAAAGGUUUUCGCAUCUUUAUUGAUGCCGUGGAGCCUGGGAGCAAGGCAGCAGAAGUCGGCCUUAAGCGUGGAGAUCAGAUCUUGGAGGUCAACGGGCAGAAUUUUGAAAAUGUCCAGCUCAGCAAAGCCAACGAGAUUCUGAAGAACAACACCCACCUGUCCAUAACUGUGAAAACAAACCUUUUAGUGUUUAAAGAGCUGCUAACCAGGCCAGAGCACGACCAUGAUUUGGACGUUGAGGACGAGCAUGACAGAAAGAACGGCGCUCCCCACCUUCCAAAGAUCGGCGACAUCAAGAAGGCCAGCCGCUACUCCAUCCCCGACCUGGCGGUGGACGUGGAGCAGGUGAUGGGCCUGGAGAAGGCCAGCAAGAAAGCAAAGACCAACACGGUGGGAGGACGUAACAAGCUGAAGAAGAUCUUCGACAAGACGCUCACCAGCAUCCUGCCUCCCAAACCGUACAAUGACGUUUGCGUGGGCCAAUCGCAGGACGACAGCAUCGUGGGGAUGAAGCAGUCCAAACAGAUCGCACCAGCUCUGCCCGUCAGCGGAAACCUCUCGUCGUCAAACCCGGACCUGCUGCAGUCUCACCACCGCAUCCUCGACUUCAACAACCAGCCUGUCCCGGUCAUACUGAAUAUGUCGGACCAGGUAUUACGAGUCUUCAAGGCGGACCAGCAGUCUCGAUACAUCAUGAUCGGGAAGGACACAACGGCGAAGGAGGUGGUGGCUCAGGCUAUCAGGGAGUUUGCUCUGACUGCAGCAGCAGAAGCUUAUUCUCUGUGUGAAGUAUCCGUCACGCCUGAGGGCGUCAUCAAACAGAGGCGGUUACCAGAUCAGCUGUCCAAACUCGCCGACAGGAUUCAACUGAGUGGCAGAUACUACCUGAAGAGCAACAUGGAGACAGAGACGUUAUGUUCGGACGAGGACGCUCAGGACCUCCUGCGAGAAGGACAGAUCUCUUUGUUACAGCUCAGCACGGUGGAGGUCGCCACUCAGCUCUCCAUGCGGGCCUUUGAACUUUUCUGCGCCAUCGAGCCCACCGAAUACAUCGACGACCUGUUCAAGCUGCGCUCCAAGACGGGCUCGGCCAGCCUGAAGCGCUUCGAGGAGGCCAUCAACCACGAGACCUUCUGGGUGGCCACGGAGGUGACGCGGGAGCCCAACCAGCUCAAACGCAUGAAGACCGUCAAGCACUUCAUCAAGAUCGCCCUGCACUGCCGCGAGUGCAAGAACUUCAACUCCAUGUUCGCCAUCAUCAGCGGUCUGAACCUGGCUCCGGUCUCCAGACUGAGGGGAACAUGGGAGAAGCUGCCCAGCAAGUACGAGAAGCUGUUCGGAGACCUGCAGGAUCUCUUUGACCCUUCAAGGAAUAUGGCCAAGUACAGGAAUGUCCUCAACAAUCAGAACCUCCAGCCGCCGAUCAUCCCCCUGUUCCCCGUCAUCAAGAAGGACCUCACCUUCCUACAUGAAGGCAACGACUCUAAAGUGGACGGCCUGGUGAACUUUGAGAAGCUGAGGAUGAUUGCCAAAGAAAUUCGCCAUGUUGGUCGCAUGGCCUCCGUCAACAUGGACCCGGCUCUCAUGUUCCGGACUAGGAAGAAGAAAUGGAGAAGUUUAGGGUCCCUAAGCCAGGGUAGUGCCAAUGCGGCAGUGCUCGACGUCACCCAGACGGGCGGGCACAAGAAGAGGGUGCGACGCAGCUCCUUCCUGAACGCCAAAAAGCUUUACGAGGACGCCCAGAUGGCCAGGAAGGUCAAGCAGUACCUGUCCAACCUCAGCCUGGAAACGAACGAGGAGAGUCUGCAGACGCUCUCGCUGCAGUGCGAGCCCUCCAUCAGCACACUGCCUAAGAAUGCCGGUGGGAAACGACCGGACACGUCUCCAGUCGUGUCCAGAGCUGCAAGCCAACAGAGGGGCCAGCUGGCCAAAGGAAACCAGGCCCUCCAGGUCCCCGCCGUGGCCCUUUACCCAUCCCGAAAGAAAGUGCCAGUCAAGGAUCUGCCGCCUUUUGGCACCAGUUCGCCUCAGUCUCUGAAGAAGAUCCUGUCUCUGUCAGAGGAGGGGAACGAAAGGCACCGGAGGCAGCCAGAGGACACUGUGUCCAACGCCUCCUCCCAGCUCUCCUCCCCUCCCACCUCCCCCCAGAGCUCACCCAAGAAGGGUUACAACCGGAUGGGUGACGCCUACUCGGACUCCGGUCACAGUGAGAUCUCCUCUCGCUCCAGCCUCGUCAGUAACUCCUCUUUCGACAUGGCCCAGGAGGAGAGGAGACUGCGUCACUCCGGAGGAGUCGGGGAAUCUCAUAUCGGAGGACAGCGGCUAGAACGAAGAGCCACAACCGACCCCGACCAGUACAGCCUCGGGUCGUAUUCAUCGAUGCAGGACUGUCGGGGAAUUUACACCGGCUGCCCCACGGUUCUCUCCUCGCCCAGCUCAGAGGAGCUGACUCAGGAUCAGGGCGAUCGUGUUUCCCUCGAUGCCGCAGACAGCGGCCGCGGCUCCUGGACUUCCUGCUCCUCUGGUUCCCACGACAACAUCCAGACCAUGCAGCAGGGCCGCAGCUGGGAGACUCUGGCUUUCGGUGGAGGUGGAGGCGGAGGCAUCGGAGGGCUCCCUCCUGGCGGACCGGAGGCCUUAUUAGGGGGUCCCGCCGCGCUGUGGGCAGCACAGGCCAGGGGGAGCUGGGCGUCGGCCAGCUCCUCGUCAUCCUCAGCUGCGUACUGGGGAGAGGACUCUGAGGGAGACACUGGCACCAUCAAGAGGAGAGGAGGGAAGGACGUCAACGCCGACCCAGAAACAAGUAGCAUCACAUCCACCGGGUCAGAGGAGGCCAAGCAGCUCGGCCGGCCCUCGCCGUCACCCAUCACCGCCGGGGGUAAAGGCCUCAUUUCGCGGAAAGAAAGCCGUUACCGUGAGCCUCCCCCGACUCCCCCCGGCUACACCGCCCUGACUAUCUCCGACCUCGCUGAAGGGCAGCACCCGGCCCCGUCUGUCACCACGACCACGGCGACCCACACAGGGCGCCGGCCGCCAGACUACACCACGGCUCUGCAGCGCUCGCGCAUGGUCACCCAGUCGCCAGACUCCCAGGGGGCCAAACAGCGGGCGGGCGGCCUCCACCGCACGCGCUCACCGGCCGAGGAGCAAGAGGCUGAGGAGGAAGAGGAGGGUGAGUCCUUGUCUUCCAAACUAAUCCCUCUGAGGAAGCCAAAGCCAGUGGCUCAGCAUACACCCGAGACUCCCAGACCAUGAGAGUGUGUGUACGGGGUUAACAGGCAGGGCCCCUCUCCCCAAGGCAGAGGAUGAACAGGUGUCAGCGGUCUGAGGGACAACGGUGGACGUCCUUUCGCAGUAACUUGAAGUCCCCCUGGUUUGGGGUGGGCAGGAUUAAAGAGACUGACAGACAGACAGAUCUAUGGACUCAUCAUCAGUUACGUACGUGCCUGCCUCCUCCACUUGGCUCUCCCUCCUGAUUGGUGGAUCCCUCUGCUCGUCUCCCUCCCCUGCCUUAAAGCAUCAUCGGGGGUUGAAUGACCCUGCAUGCAAAAAAAAUACUGUGAAGAAGAGAUGGAGAGAAGGUCAAAGACGAUGACAAAACGCCUGGCACUUUGGAAAAAAAAAAAAAAGACUACAGAAAGCUAACUGGUGCCGGGGGGUCGACCUGGCCACACACACACGAAACCACAUAGAUGUUGCUGUUAGAAACCGGCCCCCGAAACCCCCAAACUCACCCGUUAACACAACAGCAUCACGACGUGUUGAGCUUCAUCUGCACUUUCUCAUUUUCUACUUUCUGAAGAACAGAACAAAUAAAAACAGACUUAUCGUUUGAAGACGGAGAGAAAACAACGGUUGACUUGACUCUUAAAUUUUCCCACUAGAUUUCUUUUUUUUUUUUUUUUUUUUGCGUCAUUUUCUCUGACUGUUUGCACUCUGGGGGCCGAAAAAAGAGACACCAAGUCAGCCCACUUUUCUCUGCCUGGACUGAAACGACCCAUCUGUUGUUGCGUGUUUGAACUCUAAAUCCAGUAUUAUCUCAUGUUUCACAUGUGAAAGUUUAUCAAGUGUUGGUUGGAAUCAAAGCUAAGAGGAAGAGCUCGGUCGGGAGAACCAACAUGCACAGUGUAAUCACACACACACACACACACACACACACACAAACACACAAAAUACAUUUUAUAUAGCAGUGCAUACACACAUUCAUUUCUAAAAAAAAAAAAAAAAAAUAGCACUUUCAGCACAAUCCUAGAUGUUACCGGACCUUUGGCCUGGAUAGCAGGGUAUGAGUGAACCAUAUCUGACUGUCACCGCGGAGCUCGUCUGGUUAUAUCAAAAACUCUUUCUUCAUCCCGUUGCUUGGUGUUACAUCGAGAGCGUGUUUUGUUCCUGGCCCGUAGGUGAUAUCCAAAAAGCACAGAGGUGAUCGCCACUGAAAUCUGAGCGAACACGUCGGACUCCAUCCUGUCGGUCUCUGCAGUGAACCGGAGGUAACUACAGCUGAGCAGUGGAGGAGAUUUGAAAGGUCCGGUGUGUGGACUUUAGGGGGAUAUAAUGGCAGAAAUUGAAUAUCAUAUAAAAAGCAUGUUUUCUUUAGUUUUUAAUCACAUGAAAAUAAGAACUGCUGUUUCUUAGUUACCUUAAAAUGAGCCGAUUGUAUCUACAUAGGGAGUAAUGUUUCUAGAGUAGACAAACUAAACAGCGGCUCCAGAUAUUCAUGUUUUCAUGUCGGCCACCUCUGCAGUGAGCAGCAUUGGAAAAACACUAAAAUGAGAGCGAAGUCGUUCGAUAAAAAAGAGCGUUGUAUUUCAGACGGUCAGGUGAAGAUGGAUGAAAGAAAAACUUUCCUAUCGAUGUGUAUAAUACAAAAUAUAGAGCCUCUUGUGAAAGAGUUUAUCGACGGUGAGGACGAUGUUAUGAGACGUGACAGAACAUUCAACUGUAAUAACACUAUUAUGUUACUUUUCUAACAUGUGGUCAGCAGGGUUUCUGCCAUUUCAGUUGCACUUGACGCUCCGCUGCUCUGUCUCCCCAGACGGAUUACCCAGAGUACACCCUGCUGCUCCGGCAGUGCGGUGCUCUUUGAUAUCCAAACGGUUCAUUCCAACGACGCUCCGAAAUUUACAAACAGUCCGGUUUGUGCCAGAUUGCACUCCAGCACUUCUGAACGCACCCAUUGAUUUUAGUGAAACUGAAACUGCUUUUUUUUCAGUGUUUUUACUGCUUUAAAUGAGCAGGAGACAUUUCAGAAUUAUUCAGCUCCCGCUAAAAACCUCCUGAAUAUCUGAGUUUUAAGUUAUCAGAGAAGGAAUUUGAGCAGACAUUAGCAGGUGAUGAGCUAGCGGCCUGUCUUCAACAUGCCAAACACCUUCUGAGAAACGCUGAUUUCAAACAUGAAACUGCUUUAUUCAGCGUUUUUACAGGUUUAUACCAACAGAUCCAUUUGUUUUGGAGAGGGAGAGACCUCUGUGGAGAAUUCAGCUCCCGCUAAAAACUCAUUAACACGAAACUAUUGCUAACUGGGAGAAGUUUCAUCUGUUUGCAAACCACAAUCUUCACCACUAGAUGCCACUAAAUCCCUCUAAACCUUACACACUGCUCCUUUGGUCCUGGAGGUUGAAAGCUGUGAACAGUAAGCGAAGGCUCGCUGUUGUCAGAAAAGUUGCCUCUUGUCCUUUUAUUUUGGUGUGAAGAGAUCACAGACAGGGUGGGUGAACAUCAGCAUAUUUCAGAAGCUGCCAUGUGUAAAUUAACUAUCUACCUUUACAAAUGAUCUUGUACAGAGUCUUAUAACACACAUAUUUCCCUUAAAAAAAAAUCAGAUUUGGCUUCUUUUUUUUCCCGACUUGCCACAUUUUGUGAAUGUCCAAAGCGCCUUACAAUGCCAUGAUCGCAUACAUUUCUUUGCGUGGUCGUCCCCGUCACUAAUCACCUUGUUUCAAGAGCAGUUUUGAAUCAAACAAUCGUGGAGUGAAAUGCCUUAUUCAAGAAACUAACCCGAAAGUUUUAUUUUCACACGUUACGACUCAGUACAAGAUGAAGCCGAGCAUUUUCCUCGUUUGUUUUCACGUGGCUUCAGACGACACCAUCACGCUCGAUGUUUUUGUCUAACACGGAGCGACGCUGCACCUCUCCCUCUGCUGCAGAUUCAUCCUCACCUGUUACUCACAUCAGCUCAGUGGAUGCUGUAAAAUCACUAACGUCUGCGUCCACUUUUCCACCAUAUCUCGCCGUCGAUGGAAGUGACUGAAGACUUUUUUAUUUUCUCCGACUCCGGUGGGGAAGUUGACACAUGAAGAAAAUCUUUUUCAAGGCUGCCAAUCAGAACGAUUAGAAAUCCAGUUGUGAAAAGUUUUGUUUUCUUCUAUCACUGAGUCGCACUGAUCACAUUGAUCAGUCUCGGAAACUACAGACUGAGAAAAGAUGAAUGAGUGCAGUGUUUUCCACUGUGGUCUGUGACUAUACACUAAUGAUUUCUUGGGUUUCUUUUUGUUAUUGUAUGUUUUUUUGUAAUGGCUGCAGAUAGAUUGUUAAUAAUUUGUUUGUAAUACAGUGGUGACAUGCAUCAUUCACUUUCAUUCAACUCUGAAGAUAAUGUGCAUAUUAGCGGGCCGAGUCCUAUUUUGAAAAACAAAAAGUUGCACAAAAAUGUACAAGCGUAAAGAUAAGUGUAGUAGGUAGAACUGCUACUCCUGUUUGAUGUGUGAUGUCAGUGAGAAAUGUACAUUUAGCUGGUGACGACCUUCUUUUCUUCAUUCUUUCUUGUACUACUUUGACCUGUAUGUCUUUUAAAAAGACAAUUGGUGGAGUACGUAUCAGUUGUUUUUGUAUUUUUAAUACAAUAAUUGUAAAUAUUGGUUAUAUUUUUGUUCAAAUGUACUAUGUUUAUGCCUCAACAUCCAGUUUAUAUGAAGCUGGGAAUCAAUAAAUACUGCAUAAAGAAUCAA